AUGUUCUGUAAGGCAGAGAUAAAGUCUGUGAGGUUGUUACAGGAAGCUUUUGAUAAAUUUUCAGCUGUAUCAGGCCUCCAGGCAAAUCCUGAUAAGAUCUCCAUCUAUAUGUCAGGGGUCAAACCCCAGCUGAAACAGGAACUUGGGUAUGGUGAAGGAAAGUGGACUUUCAGAUAUCUGGGAGUCUCUCUGUCAUCAAAGAAACUCACAGUGGGUCAAUGCUUACCACUGGUAGAGAGAAUAACAGGAAAAAUUAGUUGUUGGAUUGCUAAGUUGUUAUCUUAUGCUAGCAGGGUUCAAUUAAUCAAAGCAGUGCUCUUCAACAUUCAGAUAUUUUGGGCUCAAAUUUUUGUACUUUCUAAAAAAAUCCUUAAGAUGAUUGAAGCCAUCAGCAGGACAUUUCUUUGGACAGGUUCCACAGAAGUCUCUCAAAAAUCCUUGGUAUUUUGGGACAACAUCUGCAUUCCCUUAGGUGCAGGAGGGUUGAACAUACAGAAUAUGAGACUGUGGAAUAAGGAAACAAUCUUGAAACUACUAUGGGCAGUCACUGAGAAGAAAGAUUCUCUUUGGAUAAAAUGGGUCCAAGAGUACUAUCUAAAGACUGAAGGAGCAGAGACAUGCACUAUCCCAGCAAAUGCCACUUGGGUGGUAAGGAAAAUACUGGCAGCAAGGACAUACAUCAUACAGUGCUUAAGUUUGCAGGGUGAUCUCGCAACUAAACUUCAUGAAAUGGUUGUUAACGACAAAUUCAACAUCAAGAAAGUCUAUACUCAGUUUUUACCCCAAUAUCAAAAGGUUGAAACACUAGACCACCUAUAUUUUGGUUGCAAAGUAACACAUAGCUUGUGGCAAAAACUGUUGAAAUGGCUCAGUAUACAGAGAACUUUGGGUGGCUGGACAAAAGAGAUUCAAUGGGCCUCUAACUGGGCAAAAAAGAAGUCAGCAAUGGGGGUUAUUAUCAGUUGUGUAUUUGGGAUGUUGGUUGCAAUAAUUUGGAGGGAAAGAAACCAUCUCAGAUUCCAAACAAGCAUAUUCAAUGCUGAAAAGCUAUUCAAGGAGAUUGCAGUGCACAUACACAUCACUGGCAGACGAAAACCGAAAUGGCAAGCUCUAUUAUUGCAGUUGAACAACGUCCCAUAG